AUGGAGUUCAGGAUGUCAGAUGAGGGGUGGAAAGCACGCUAUAACGGCCGUAUGCAUGCUGGAUUGCUCUUUGGGCGCAGUGCAACAGCAAGAGAGCAAUGGUGUCUAAACCCUGACCUCCUAAGGAUCGUCAACCAUUUUUUACGCACCACCAACCCGCCCGACGUGGAUUCCCAGAGCGCCAGCGAGCGCAGCACCGACGCCAUACUAUCCCAGGCGGCUAGCAUCACCAUCCUGGAGGGCGGUAAGGCCCAGCCUUUGCACCGCGACGAUGCCAUCUGGCAAAAGGCACACGUCAGCCAGGAACAGAGAGGCUAUCGCCUGGGUUCGGACUUGGGCAUCGGCAUGCUGGUCGCCGCCGUCGACACCACUUAUGCAAAUGGAGCCACUUUGGUCGUGCCCGGAUCUCACCUCUGGGGGGAUGCGAGAAUAGCCCAGGAACAUGAAGUUGCAGCAGCCGAAUUGUCGCGCGGCGAGGCCCUCCUCUUCCUGACUUCGACACUCCAUGCCGGCGGGGCCAACACGACGCCAGAUCCGCGGACCAUGUACGCCAUCUUCUAUUGCCGCUCGUGGGUGCGACCCGAGGCAAACGACUUCGCCUGCUAUACUCGGGAAGAGGUGGAGUCGUGGUCGCGAGAGGCACAGAAACUUGCAGGGUACGUCACGGAUCGGAUGCUGGGCAUUUGCGAUGACGGCGAUGCGCUCGAUGCCCUCCGCCGCGGGGCUACCCAAAGAUGGCAAGACUGGCUAGUCUAA